AUGACUGGGGUGCUGGAGAGCCUGGUGCCGGACAUGCACUCCAGCCAGAUCUCCGCGGGCAGCUACCACCAGCACGGCGGCCUGCACAAGCCGCAGGAGUCCCCCACGCUGCCCGUCUCUACGGCCACCGACAGCAGCUACUACACCAACCAGCAGCACGGGGCGGCGGGCGGGUCGCCCUACGGCACGGUGGGCUCCUUCCCCUACGCGGGCGGCGGCACCGCCCCCUACUCCGCGAAGUCCGGCUACGACCUGGGCUACGCGGGCGCCUACGGCUCCUACGGGCCCUAUGGCAGUAGAGCCUCACCGGCCAACGACUCUGCAGAGAAGGAAGACUGCGAGCCGGAGAUCAGAAUCGUGAACGGGAAGCCGAAGAAAGUACGGAAGCCUCGGACCAUCUACUCUAGCUUCCAGCUUGCGGCUCUGCAGCGGCGCUUCCAGAAAACCCAAUACCUCGCCCUACCCGAGAGAGCAGAGCUGGCGGCAUCCCUCGGCCUCACCCAGACACAGGUGAAGAUCUGGUUUCAAAACCGCCGCUCCAAGUUCAAGAAGAUGUGGAAGAGCGGCGAGAUCCCGGCGGACCCGAACCCCCGCCGCAGCGCCUCGCCGCCGCCUACUGCCUCUCCGCCAGCCUGGGACUUCGCUCCGCACCCGCGCACGACGGGCAACACUGGCACCGCCAGCCCCAGCCCGGCCGCCGCCUUCCUCGGUAGCUACUCGUGGUACCCGCCGGCCGCCGCUCCCCUCCCGCAGCCGGCGCAGCCUCCGCACCACCACGGCGGCGGCGGCGGCAUCUUCUAA